AUGGCAGAGCCCCAGCCUCCCCCUAAUAUCAUCACGACGGAGCUUCCGAUGGAGAUAUUAUUGUUCAACAUACUACCGAGGCUGCCGGCCAAAUCACUACGCCGUUUCAUGUCUGUUUGCAAGCAAUGGCACUCAUUAAUAACAACCCCUUCAUUUGCGAAGAUACACCUCCACCAUUUAACCAACAAUGACCAUCAAAACCACCACAAACUUCUGGUCUUAUCUCUCUCAGAACCAUACGAGUUCCACACCAUCGAUUGUGAAACACCUAAAGAUCCUUCGCCAGCCACCCGCUUCGUGCCAUUUGAAGGCGCCAGUUGGGAAACCUUUUCGAUUGUAACAUCUUUGCAUGGAAUGUUAUGUGUAGGCAUAACUAAGUCUUCUCGGGAAGAUGCUCAAUACUCUCAACUAAUUUUAUGGAAUCCGUUGACGGGUGAGUAUAAGAUGUUGUCUAAAGCUGGUUCCGACACCGAAUGUUACAUGAAAACUAAAAGUCCAUUUGGGUUGUACUACAGCUCUUCUGAUGACGACUACAAGAUUCUACGUGUCACCAACUUUCACGCUGCUUAUAUGUAUUCGUUGAAAUCCGACUCAUGGAGAAAGGUAGUCAAGGAAACAUAUAGCUUCGAGCAGUGGGUUUCCGACUGGUUAUCACAUAAGCCGCGGUUUCUUAACAACUGGUUCUCAUAUACUUGGGAGCCAACUGCUUUCUUGAAUGAACAACUGUAUUUCUUAAAACAAGCGACUGAUGGAGACUGUUUUCAAAACUCCUAUUCCAUUCUGAUGUUCGACACAAAGACCCAAAAUUUCACAGAGAUUGCAACUCCUUCUUUCAGACACCAAUUAACAACAUGUUCAAGUUUCAUGGUUCACAGAGAUCGAAUCCACUUAUGUGUCACUAUUUGGGGAGGAGAUUGUAACGUUUUUGAUUACAACAUCGAGUUGUGGAGGAUGGAUGGAGAUGGAGAUUGGACGAAGGUGGUAAAUUAUCGCCCAAUGUCAUCUGAUCUGUGGAAUAAAUACCCACUGCACUUGAUGAGGAAUGGAAACUGGCUCAUGCAUGCACUUAUUGGAGGUGGCAUUGUCCAACUAGAUAUGGACAAGCAAACUACAGACGUGGUGUAUCCAAAUAUGAUUGAUAUGGGCAUUUAUAUCACUCUAAGAGGCAAAUACAUCGAGACUAUUGUGUCACCAAAUCAAUAUAUGAAGUAA